GGGGUGCACUCCGCUGUCUCUAGUGUUCACAGCAGUGAGAGGAGACAAAGGACACUAUCAGGAAAAUCAGAUUUGAAUUUCUUUGAACUUCAGGAUGAAGAUCCUUCAGUUCAGGAUGAAGAUCUUCAUCUCCACCUUCUACCUGAUCUCAGGCCCAGUGUGCUGCUCUGAUGUGUUUGGCUAUUUAGGAGGAAGUAUCCUUUUAUUCUCUGAUCUGCAGUGGGAUGUAAACCAUACAAGAUAUGUUUGCAGGAUGGAACAAAGUAGCUGUCUAGAUAUAAUGAAGAAUCAGACUAAGAGCAGGUCUGUUACUAGCGGGAGAUUCAAGAUGUAUUCAAAUGUAAAUGGAGAGUUUACAGUGUUGAUCAGAGAGUUGAACCCACAGGAUUCUGCCGUGUACAGAUUUGGAGUUGGGAAUGAAAAACAUAAGGACAUCAAUCUGACUGUUCAGAAUGAUGCUUGCUGUGGUACUAUUGAAAAAAUGAAUGCUUAUCUGGGAGAGACGGCCACCUUCGAUUGUAACCAUCCAGAUGAGUUUAAGAUAAACAGCAAGUACCUAAUCAACCUCAAAGAUCAAAAUCCAGUUAAAAGAAUAAUUUGCACUGGACAAGAGUCUCAGAAAGAGCAGAAAGGCAGAUUCUCCAUCUUUGAUGACAGAAGAUCUAAAGUCUUCAGUGUGAACAUCAGUGAUGUGAGAGAAGAUGAUGGAGGACUUUAUCUGUGUGGAGUGUGGAGGAAGGAUAAGUCAGUGGGUUAUUACUCCUACUUCAAAGAGAUUCAGCUACAGGUUACUGCUCGAGGUUCCUCUGUCAUCAUCACUGUAUGUGUCUGUGUGGCUCUGUUGCUGAUUGGAGGAGCAGCACUGAUCAUCUACAAACUGAGAAACCACAUGAUACAGGACUCGGCCUCGACUGGCCAGAGAACAGACAAAAAUAACGAAAAUGAUGAUGAUUAUGAAAAUGUUCCACGUGGAAAGCGAUACGACAUCAGCAUGGGUCAAAUCCAACAAAACCUAAACCCCAACCCUAACAUAUCAGAUUUAGUCUAUGAGGACCCUGAUCCAAACUCCAACCAAUCAGAUUAUGACUAUGAGAAAAUGGAUGACAACACCAACCAAUCAGAUUUCAUUUAUGAGAACGUGAACAUCAACAGCAGUGGAUGAGGGGGGUAUUUCACAAAGCAGUGUUUCUCAGCUACAACAUAAGAACCAGUGAUAACUCCCCAUUAGAAAUGUCUUCUCUUAUUGGUCAAAGCUAGACUUUUGAUUUGAGUUGUCUGAGAAGCUUACCAAAUACACCC